AUUUAUAUCAAACGUUCAUCAAUCUUCUCUCUCUCUCUCCAAUCAAUCGUCCAUGAUGGCACCCGGAAAAGGUAAACGAAAAGAAGAUUACCGCUCCUGGAUCUGGCUCUCUCUUGUUCUUGUCAUCUAUUUUUUAGUUGUUGGUUAUAUUAUUCGUUUCGCUGAACAAGUGAAAGAUCGAAUGAAACAAGAAGAAGCUCGAGUGCCGAAUAUAGAAGUAGCUUCUAUGGAUUUCAGAGUACAAAAUCUUAGACAAACUCGUCUCAGUGCGAAUUGGGAUAUUUUGGUAAGGAUUCCCGAAAGACUUCCUGAUAAAUUUAUAUGUCUUCAAGGAGACCUUCAAGCUUCCUUGUUUUACAAGGGUGUUACUCUUGUUACCUCCUCCAGACAAAGGUACAACAAUCUCAAAGCUCACUCGCCUCAACAACUUAGGGUUUCAGCUUCUAUCUCUGAAGAAGAUAUCGGCGGUUUGAUUGGAAAGAACAUUAACAAAGACAUCAAGGAAAAGAGGGAAGUCAAGUUCGGAUUGCAGUUGUUUCUUACGGAUUGUAGAGAAAACUCGACAGGAGUUUUGAGGUAUGUGUGCGAUGAAACCACUUUGCGGUUCGAGCCAGGUUCUGGGAUGAAGGCCACUGCGUUUGGAAACAACACUACCUGCGUCAGCUUUUGAUUACUUUUAAUUUCGCAAACUACAGGAUUUGAUUUUUUUUUUACUUUUUUACCGGAUGUUUAGGAUCAUCGAGAUGGUUUUUCACCAAAUUUGUGUUUUGAUAAGGAUUUUUAUUGAGUUCUUAAUUUAAUUAAUUUAUAAAAAAAAAAAUUGGAC